AUGGCUAACACAGCAUGGGAGAUAUGGAAGGCAAGAUGCAGAAAUGUGUUUGAGAACAUCAAACCAAACACAGUGGAUACAAUUAGAAGCAUUCAGCUUCUUAAUGAAUCUACAGGAAAGAAAAUGCUACAGAUACAAACUCAGGAUGCAAUGAUUGUGCAUAACACUAGUAUUAGUUGGAUACCCCCUGCUAGUCCCUAUCAAUCUUUUUGCUGUGAUGCUUCCUUUAAAAUUGUGAAUUCUAUAAAAUAUGUUGGAUGGGGACUAAUUCAUCGUGAUUUUGCAGGUAACUUCAUCCAUGUCAGAUGCGAACAUGCCAAUGGAGUCCUAAGUGCCGCAGAAGCAAAAUUCAGGGGAUUGCUAGAAGCAUUAAAUGUAGCAGAAGAGUUAGGAGCUCAAUUUGCUUCUUUUGAGAUAGACGCUCGGCUAGUAAUUCAAGCAGUCAAUGAGAAUACUCUAUCAACUACAUGGGAGAAUCAUUCAAUUAUCUCAGACAUUAAACAUAAGUUGACGAUGCAUCCAAACUGGACUUGCAAAUACAUAAGUAGGAAGAAUAAUUUACCAGCUGAUAAGUUGGCCAAACAUGCAAGAAUUCAUGAAGUUACUAAAAUGUGGUUUGAUUAUCCUCCAAGUUUUAUUGCAGGUGCAAUAUUUGAGGAUAUGGCCAAUGUAGUUAUUUCCACUUUCAAUUAA